GUAUCAUGUAACUUUUUAGAAAGUAAAUUCAAUUACUACUACUAAUUGAAAAAAGUACAAAUUUGAAAAAGUAAAUUUGUAACAUGCUAAAAAUGGUAGUACAGUAUAUUAAAAUAUAUCUUUAUACCCAAUGAAGUAUACUAGAAGUGUGCUACUUACAAAAGACAGGAACAUGGAGCAUAUUUGUACUCUAAUGUAAAUAGAUCACAUAUAUUUAACAUCAAUUCUUAGCACAUUUCUAAUAUACGUGGUGUAUAAUAAAUAGAGAUACAGUUGUAAUACUCAUUAUUAAACGUAUUAUAAUUUUAAUGUAAGUAAAUUUAAAAUAUGGGGUUACAUACCUGAAGUAGUUUAUAUGUUUAAAUGUUACUUAAGUAUAUUUAAAAUACUUCUAUUUUAGUACAGUACUAUUUUAGCACUCUUUAAAUACACUGAUUAAUAAUAAUGUGGCUACAAGAACACUUUAGUGCACUAUAGCAUAAUAAUGCUUAGUACUACUUUAAUCUACUUUUUUUUUACUAGGGUAGACUAAUUGUAACAUAAAUGCUCACUAAAUUAGAUUACUACAUCGAAACGGGUUGCACCAAACAAACUAGUAUAUACAUAGGAGCUAGUUACUACUAAAUAUUUACAUGCUGUUAAGGCUGAAAUUAUGAUUUAAGGCAUAUUCUGCCGAAUCUGUGCAAUUUCUGCGUCCAGGAAAUUACAUGUAAAAUGUGCACACAAAAUAACUUUAAAAUUAAUUUUAUUAUUAAGCAUAGUGUAUUCUACAUUGACCUAAUUGCAAAACUAAAUUACGUAAUUAAGAAAAGUAAUAAAAACUACUUAGAACACUGAAAAAAAUAGCAUUUGUAACCUGACAAUCAGUACUGCUAUACGCUACUAUGCAAAAUUGGUACAACCCAGCCCAGGUUUGUGGGUAUUAGUGCAUAAGCUACCUUAACGAUCAAUAAGUAUAAUUUAGUUAUAAAGCUAUAAAAUAACAUUUAAUAGUUAUAACAUUUAGUGAGCUUUUAUUGCUAAUUUUUUUGUUGUUUAAUGUAGAAAAAAAAAACCUGGAUUUCAUCCAUUUUCCCAAUGUUUUGUCCCUUUUCACAAAGGUGCUAAAAGCUAAAGUAACUAAAAUCUGAUUUUUUGCUCCAUGUGGCUCAGAUCUGAUUUUUCCAUGGCUAAGUGAAUGAGUAAGCUAAGUCCGUUUUUUUUUUUUUUAAGUCAAAUUUGAGUCACUUUCAUAUGUGGUCCUAAAUCGGAUACGUCUUUUUGCUGUUAAGCAUGCACUACGUUCUUCAACACUGCAUCUCUUGGUGCAGCUGUGCAGCUAUAGCUGCAAAAAAACAGCAAAAGCAAACCACCUGGCCUUUUUUUUACCUCCUGGACCUGAGCAUGAACUUCAGAGCAGCUGUUUACUGUUUCUCCACUCCAGCAAAAGAUGCUCCACAAAUGAGCUGCUAACUCAUCCAUUUCCCUUUAUAAAGCUACGAGUCAUUUCUCUCUGAUAUGAGGCUUUUUGUUGUUGGUGAAGGAGACGUUUAUACAGAAGUAUCUUAAAUAAUCCCACAUCCAGCAGAUGUUAAAUGUAUGAAGGUAUGGCAUCGAGCAGCUGCGACUCUCUCCAACCAAUCACUGUUCAACAAACCCAGAGCGAUAUAAAGAGGAAGAUGUUCCUCUGCUCAGACUGCGGCAGGAGCUUUACCUCAAAAACAGGCCUGAAAAACCACCAGAUCCUUCACACCGGAGAGAAGCCGUACAGCUGCUCAGAGUGCGGGAAGAGCUUCGCUCACAACAAGGGCUUCAUAAAGCAUCAGCGCAUUCACACUGGAGAAAAGCUGUACAACUGCUCAGAGUGUGGGAAGAGUUUCAGUGCUCAGAAUCACCUGCAGACACACCUGUAUAUUCACACCGGAGAGAAACCACAUUCCUGCUCAGAGUGCGGGAAGAGCUUUAUUCAGCUUAUCCAUCUCAGAAACCACCAGAGAAUUCACACUGGAGAGAAACCGUUUUCCUGUCCAGACUGUGGGAAGAGUUUUAACAAUCAGGGAACUCUCAUAACUCAUCAGCGCAUUCACUCAGGAGAGAGAUAUGUCUGCUCAGAGUGUGGGAGGAGCUUCACUGUAGCAGGUAAUCUCAGAACUCACCAGCGUCUUCAUACAGGAGAUAAACCGUACUGCUGCUCAGAGUGCGGGAAGAACUUCAGCCAGCUCAGCGCUAUUAAGAGACAUAAAUGCCGCGGGAACUGAAAUCAGAUUGACUUAUAAUUGUAUAGUAAUAUUUAGUGUACUUACCAUUUUAUUAAUAUAAGUUUUUAUAAUAUUGUAAGAUUUUAUCUGUGAAUAUAUUUUGUAUGUUGCCUUUUUAUAUAAUGCCGUUGUAUGCCUGUGUAUUGUAUUAUUAUACAAUAUACUAUAUUGCCAAAACUAUUUUCUCUUCUGCUAACACACUAAAACACAGUUAGUAUUCAUGUGUAUCAUGGUCCAGCUUGAAAAAAGAAAACAAAAAAUUGUAUUGUUUCAACGGCCCUAAAAAAUAUAUUUAUUAAAUGUGUGUUCUUAUUA